UAGAGUGAUAUUGUGAACAUUGAAACAACCCAGAUUUAUUUUGUUGUUUUUCUCUCAACAGUAAAAAGUGAUACUUUUUUUUUUCAUUCACUAACUAUGGGUCGUUUGAUGUCAGAACAAAAACAGUUUUACAAAGACAACGGGUACAUUGUGCUGAAGAAUUUGAUCAAUGAGAAGGACCUGACUCUUAUAAGUGAAGAAUAUGACAAGCUGUUCGAGAGGAAGAACCAGGAGAAGAUGGAAGCCUCCUGGGUAGGCAGCGAUGAGAACGAUAGGAAGAAUGACAGCGCCUUUACGGUGAAAGGUAUUCACAACCUGCAGUAUCAUUCAGCAGCAUUCAAUCUGUUCCUAUUCAACAACGAUCUCCUGGAUGCAUUAGAAGACAUAAUGGAGACUGAGAACAUCGUGCUGCACCACACCAAAGCCCAUCUGAAGCCCCCGGAGACGGGAGCCGCUUAUCCCAUGCACCAAGACUACCCGUACUUCCCCCACGAGCACCAUUCGUUGGUAGCAGCCUUCCUCCACCUAGAGGCAGCGGACCCGGACAACGGAGGCUUGUUCGUGUACCCCGGCUCACACAAGCUCGGGCCCCUGGAGGACCACGGGAUCAAAGAAGGGAACUUCCACUAUGUGGAUCAGGCCAAAUUCCCUCUCUCCGGCGCGACCCCCGUCAUCGCUGAGCGCGGUGACGUCCUCAUCUUUUCGUACCUGCUCGUCCACGGCAGCUCCGUCAACUGCUCCGCGCGGCGCCGGCGCAUGCUGCUGGCACAGCUGNGCCUGGCGGGAGCGGACGACCGGCCCGUGGGCACCCAGCCGGUGCGGCCCGGACAAGGCUGGCUGCUCAGAGGCACCAAUGAGGGAAGAGAUGCGAGUAUCUCUAAGAGAUUCGACGCGUAA